GAGCUGAUGCAUCAGCAACGACAGUUCGCCAUACGAAUCGAUCCGACAGGACUGGAGACUUCUGUGGCGCAUUUUACUGAGAUAAAGGCAUUCGACUCUCGAAACCCGUCUCUGGGACCGUUAUUCCGCGUUCCAAUAACAACUAUAGUUCCGUUGACAGUUGAUAGCAGUAAUCAGUUCACGAUAUCUCGAAAAUUGCGGUGUAAACCAGCAGUGCCUGAGCGAUUGUUCAUACAUGUACCGGAUGAUGCCGAUUGGGCAACUUUAAAAGUUCUAUCGUUAGACGAUAAGCAUCAAACGAAGUAUGUGGUUCACUGCGUUCAGCUGCUACCAAAUUUGGCAUAUCGAUCGACUGAAUAUUAUAAGACAAUAACAUUGGAACCGAACAGCGAACUGCAACAUGCGAUUAAACUGCGGGGUGGACGAACUCUUGAAUUAUGUGUCACAAAAUGGUGGGCAAAUCUGGGUGAAGCGUUGAUUAAUGUCGAGUUGGCAUUUCAUGGUAUAGUUCCGAUACCGAGGACAAUUAAUGUGAUGUCCUCUGAAAUGGCGCAUCGUUUUGAUAUCCGAAAUGGCCGUAUUCGUUAUGAGGACAUUCAACCGGGUAUCACUUUCCGACAUCUGUCGCAACCCGUUCGCGUUUCUGAAGUUAAGUUGCAGCCAUUAGGACCACGCGACUUGUUCGAUAACGGCUCUCAGACGUUCAGAUUGCUGCUCUCUUAUUCAUUUUCAAUAGCGAAAGCAACCGAAGUAUUUUUGGAAUUGCCUGGCCUAACCAACUACCUCUAUGAGAAUUCAUUUGAUGAUGUUCAUAUUAUGUUGUUCACUUCAACGAAACAAUUCGUUGGAAGCAGUUCGUCGUAUCCGAAAAGGUAUCCAUUCAAACUGGAGAAAGGUGAAUAUCGUGCUCGAGUGCAAAUUCGACACGAAGACGAGUCUUUAUUGGACAAAUAUCGUGACUUAACAAUGAUCGUUAAGAGUAAAUUGAUAACGCCAAUCAAUCUGGAAUGUUACGCAAAUCUUGAAAGUGCCGUAACGGGUGAUGGAAAGAAAUUGAAUGGCCGUAUCAUGAAACCGGGUGAAGUUUUAACCGUAUUCCUGGGACAACUCCCCGAUGACAAGGUUCCGAAGAACGUGACUGCUGGCUGUUAUCUGCAAGGUAUGUUGACAAUACCCAAAUUGGAGUUAGCUCGUAGUGUGGUGCAAUAUCGAGUGAUAUAUACAUUCAAUGAAUGGGGUCGACGACAGCCAAAAGCUUUAUCGUGUGUUACGCUGACGAAAAAGAAAGACGAAACAUCGGCGAAUACGCUACAAGAAAUGAACGAUUCAUUGAGAGACGCACAAAUUGCGUGGUUGUCAAAGUUGAAGAAUCCGUCCGAAGCAGAUGAACUGUUCGAGAAAUUGAUAGCGCAGUACCCGAAUCAUUUGCCGCUGAUGCAAGCGCAGUUGAAACGACUUGGCGACAAGAAGGUUCGUUUUCUGUUUCGUCGUGAAACAUUCUCUAUUUUCUACAGUGAGGAUGCUGGACCUAAACGUGAACAGCUGAUGAGUUUGGUGGAUGCAGUGUUGAGUGUUACAAAACCGGAUGAAGUGCUCAAAUAUUUGGGCACUAAACAGGAAUGCAACGAGACGGAUAUAGCCAUUAAAGCUGAGAUGGACGGUCGUCGCGCAGCCAUUGUUGAUGCAUUGUUGGCCAAGGCGAAUUGCUUAGCAGACGCUCAUCUGGCCAUAAGUACCGAAGAAAUCCCGAAGUCAUUUCGUAGCGGCUUAAUAUUGCCCGUAGCGAGCGGUAACAAUAGCGCUAAUCAUACGAAGGACACUAAUAAUACUAAUAAUAAAGAGGAUACAAAACAGCCAUCUGAUAUGUCCAAGAAAUCAUCCGUCAGUGACUUUCAAGUUGGUUUUUUUCUGUUGAAUUGUUUCGGUUUGUUGUUUUAUUCGUUUUGUUCAUUUUGUUUCGUUUUAUGGUUGUUUGAGAUUGUUGACGAGAUGAAAGCGAAGGAGAAGGAUGAACCAGUUGUGGGUGAAUUGGUGAGUCUGACAGAAUCGGAGCCGUUAGAGAAGUCGGUUGCGCCGAUGGUAAAUGCGGCAGCACACGAAACAUCGGUUGACGAUAAUGCAGACAAACAAGUGGUUUCACAAAAUUUGCCGAAGGUAACGCUGAAAGAUUUGGAUAUAGCAUAUUAUGAUGUGAUGAAAUGGCUGGAACCAAGCGAUACAAAGGCGUUGAUAUUGGGUGCUAAACAAGCUGUAGCACAUACUCAUUAUGGACGUGCGUUGAAAUUUCUCAGGAAAGCAUCCGAAGAGAAACCGUACAUUAAUUGUUCAGCGCUAGAUAUGGCUAUCAUUGAGGUUGGUUUCCUCAUUUCGAUACUGUUUUUUUUCCUUUUGUUGCCCUUCAUCGGGCAUCGUUUAAUCAGUAUCAAGUGUUUGUAA